CUUCAGUAGCAGCAAGCAAAAUGGCAGCGACCAUGAGUGGAUCUGUGGCCGUGCGAGGUGGUGGAAUUUUAACAAACCAGAGGCCAGUUUUUACCUCAGACAGCAAGUGUCUGCUGGUAUGCUCUGGGCACAGGGUCAAGAUUAUCAGCUGUCUGAGUGGAGAAUGUAUCAGGGAACUUACAGGUCACAGGUCAAAUGUCAACGGAGUUCACAUCAACCCAUGGAACAAAUUGCAGGUUUUAACAUCAUCAGAAGACGGCACAGUCUUCCUGUGGGAUUAUAUGGACAAUGUCAUUCUCAAGACCAUCAAGUUUGACAGACCGCUCUAUGGCUUGUUCCUUCAUGAGGCACACAAGAACGUUCUCUUUGUACUCUGCAAGAAAAUGGAUGACAAUGGCCAGAUCCUGCACAAGAAACCCCUCCGGCUCUGCAUGGCAUCUAUCCCAUCAGGCACUUCCAACAAGACGCCGCUGACUCCCGAGUUUGUGAUCGUGGUGGGGUCUGGGGGAGAUCGUUGCAUCAGCUUCGGUGCCAACGGCCAAUACAUGGCCUGCGUUAUGGGGAACAACCUGAAGGUUUACAACUUUGAUGAUAAAACUAUUCAAAGGACUGAAAUGAAGGUGAAGCCGACCUGCCUGGCCUGCCAUCCCCAUGACAACUGCAUUGCCGUGGGAGAUGUCAAGGGUCAAGUAUCGAUUGUAUGGAACAUAUUCCAGCAAGAAUCCAUCACCAAGAGUAUCAAUCACUGGCAUGCGCUCCCUGUCCAAGACGUCUCCUUUUCCCCGGAAGGGACAUAUCUAUUCAGCGGUGGCCAUGAAUGCACCCUGGUCCAAUGGCAGUACAACUCCAAGCAUAAAGAUUUCAUGCCACGCCUUGGCAACGCCAUCACUCACAUCGCAUGCGCACCCAAUGGACAACUGAGGGCGCUCUCCUUGAGAAAUAAUUCUAUCUUGCUACUCACCACCAAAGUGAUGCAUACUAUCCAAGGUCUUGAUCAUAGCAGUUUCCACCAGAAGCAGUCAAAUCCGGUUCCAACCGGUCUAGCUGUUGACCCUCGCACAGAUGCUCUAGUACUCAAUGGCAAACUGGGUCAUCUUCAGUUCUAUCAGCUGGGGAAGGACAAGCUUCUCUACAACAUGGACAUCACCGGAGAGAACUACAUCUCUCCUGAGAACCUUCACAAACCCCUGGCCCACACCGAGGUCACUCAUAUGACCUUUGACCUGAAAGGUGAGUGGAUGGUCACUGCGGAGAGGAGAGACGACGGGGAGACGUCGGUGGAGAUGAGGCUCAAGUUCUGGGAGUUUGAUGCCAAGAAACAGAGCUUUACUUUGAACACAACUGUUGAGAUGCCCCACCAAGAAGCGAUAAAUGCCCUGAGUUUCCGACCGUCAAGCAAAGAGAGGAAGAAUGACGAUGCCAUGGUGGUGACGACCAGCGCUGAUGGGAAGUUUAAACUCUGGGUGCUUGUCGAUGAUACAGAUGUUGAGAAAGCGAAACAUUGUUGGAACUGUGAAUCGGUGGGCUUCUACAAGAACACAGAGCCAAGGGCUGCGGCCUUCUCCUCCGAUGGAUCUCUGCUGGGGGUAGGCUUCAGCGAGGUCAUUACACUUUGGAACCCAGAGGUCAACGAACUUAGAAAGAUCCUUACCCAUGCAGCAGUUAGUACAGAAAUCCAAUCUCUAUGUUUUGGUCAUGGUUCAUCGGCCCAUCUCUUAGUAUCCAGUACUUCAUCAUCCAUCACUGUAUGGAAUCUACUCACAUGUAGAGUCUCUUGGAGUGUAUCGAUGCCUGUCAACAUACUUAUUGGUGAUCCCUAUUCUCAACACUUUGCCAUCUUUGACAACAAAAACAAUUUGUUUGUAUUCGAUGGGUGCGAGCCACGCCCAGUGUUCUACCAACCCUCCACCUCCUCUUCUGAAGUCCUCUCGGCCAUCUUCACUCCAAGACAGAGCCCGGGAGACGGGAACGACAAGGAGGGGCUGCCGAAUGAUGCGUUGCCAUGGCAGCAGGAUUCUGAGCUGUACUUCAUGACCAAGUCACAGGAGUUGCUGACGUUGAUAAGCAAAGGACAGGCCAAAAAAGAGGAGAGGACAAACAUAUAUGAUGCAGCUGAUCUACAAGGGAGCAUACCACUCACACCUUUUGCUCAGCUACUGGGCGGGGCUUCAAGACCAGUGUGGACAGAUGGAGGGAGUCAAGCACAAAGUCUGACCUCUAGCAAGGCUUCAGCAGCUGAGAUCCUUGCUGCUCCACCUCAUAUUCUUCCACCAGCAAGCCACCUUUGUUCAUCCUUCAUCCUCUCUCUUCUUGGCCCUGCAAGUCACUUCUCUAACACAGGAGCUGAUUCUGAGAGUGAGGACUCUGAUGACGAAGACCACGCUCACCAAUCCUCGCUGGAUUCGGACAUGGAGACGGAAGAUGUACAUGUAGCUCCGCCCAUGGCAACAGAGGCUAGCACAUCACUCUCUCUUGUCAUUGAGGAGGAAGCGGAGCUUAGCGAGAAGGAGAUGAAGAAACUUGCAAAAGCAGCCAAAACCAGUUUCAACUGGAUCCAAAGAACUUCAGAUGUACCUUCUACAUCAUGACCAGCAGGAAACAUGUGUGGGACUGGAAGCAGUUGAAAAACAGUUUUAACUGGAUUUUGAGAACUGUUUACUUGUAAAUGUUUUGAGCAGCAGGAAAGACAACUUUCCAGACUGACAGCAGGCACAACCGGUUUCUACCUGAUUCAAAGAAAUGCAGAUGUACCUUCUACUUUAUGACCAGCAUAAAAAAGAACAUUUGUUUGGAAGUGGCCGAAAACCAGUUUUAACUGGAUUUAAGCAACCACAUGUGUAUUUAAAGUGUAUGUCAUGGCCAGCAGAAAGGACUAUAUGUGGGAAUGAAGGAAAAGGCUAAAGACCAAUUAAGAGGUUUUUAAGAUCAGUGAUAAGAUGGUAGUGAGAAUUAUUUAUCUAAGGCAGUU